UGAUGGUACACCCCCACUAUUAUCUGAUCGAUUUGCAUGGCAAAGAAAAAAGCGAAAACGGUGGCAACAGCAACAAAGGCAGCCAAAAAAGCAAAAGCAGCUCAGAAAACCGAGAAGAAAAAUACAAAAAAGGCCAAAACUAAUAGAUCCAAGGACGAAGAAGAGUCGGACGAAGAUUUAGAGGCCAUUUUAGAUAACUUCCGUCGUGAAUGGGAAUCAGCACAUGCUGUCACUGAAGAGCUCGUCGAAGGUCCUCCAUCUAGACGAGCGAACGCGACGCUUACAGCGUGUCCGAACGGUAACCAUCUAUGGUGUGUUGGAGGGGAGUGGUUCAGCGAAGAUGGAAGAGCGCACUUUUAUAACGAUACCUUCCGAUAUACCCCGGAGAAGGACGAAUGGCGCAAAUUUGUUUCACCGACAUGUCCAGGUCCAAGAUCUGCUCAUGCGGUAGCAGCAACUGCAGCUGGAGGAGGAAAACUGUUUAUAUUUGGUGGCGAGUUCUCUUCGCUUCAUCAAACAACCUUCCACCACUACCGCGACUUCUGGUGUUUCGACAUCCCGACACAUUCAUGGGAACGAAUUGAUACCAAGGUCAUGCCGAGUGCUCGUAGUGGGUGUCGAAUGGCUGUUUGGAAACAUUACAUCUUCCUGUUCGGAGGAUUUUAUGAUCCCGGAGUAACAACGCGUUAUCUCAACGACCUAUGGAUAUUUGAUACACAGGAAUACAAGUGGAGACAAGUCGAGUUUCGAGAUAACGAACCGAAGCCAUCCCCAAGAAGCGGCUUCUCGUUUCUUUCAACCCCUGAAGGGAUUGUCUUACAUGGUGCAAUCCCCCACUUUCGUCUUUAUUAUAACUUUAUUGCCAUGGCUGACAAUUUCUCCGUUCCCGUAGGCGGAUACUGCAAAGAAUACGUCAAGGGCAAGAGGCCGGUUGGAGUCAUGUUGGAUGAUACUUGGCUAUUGAGACUAACCCUCGCCGACGCCGAUACCAACCCACCCGCCGCCGACAACACCGUAAACCCCAAAUCUCCCACCAGCACCAGUCCAGUUACCACUACCCCAAAAUCCAAACCCUCUUCCAAACCCAAAAAUGCCUCCUCCCAAGCCGUCGGACUACAAGUCAAAUGGGAAAAACGAAAACGCCCUUCAACGGCUUACGCACCCGCGUUGAGAUCCGGAUGUACGAUGACAGCUUGGAGUGCUAGAGGGCUUGGAGUUAUGUUUGGGGGCGUUACGGAUGAGGAUAGGGGAGAGGAAGGGAUGGAUUCUGUGUUUUGGGCUGAUUUGAACGCUUAUCAGUGGGCUGGUAAGGGUCGAUGGAUGUCGUUAAUGCUUAAACGACCGAAGAAGAAGGGUGGUGGUGGUGGUGGGAAGAAGAGGAAACAGCAGGCGCAUACGGCGGCGGAGCAGAGGAAGAAGGAGGAGGAGGAAGAAACUCAAGCUCAGGCUCAAGCGGCCACCAACCUCGAAGAAGGUGAAGAGAACGAUCACGAUCACGAUAACGACGAUGAGGACGACGACGAUAGUUCACGUAGACCCGCUCAACCCUUUGCUCCUCAGAACGUCAAAACUAGGAUCAAGUCUACUACACCUAUACCUACAGCGGGUGUGAAAGAAGAAGAGGUCGACCCAGAAGAUCCUAACCUGACAAUACCUCUACCGCGGUACAACGCGAUGUUGGCUGUGUUGCGGAAUACAUUGUAUAUAUACGGAGGGAUCUUUGAACGUGGUUCGAGGGAAUAUACGUUGGAUGAUUUCUAUUCGAUUCAGUUGGAUAAGAUGGAUAAGUUUACAUGUUUGAAAGAGAGUGGGGUUGUUAUUGAGGAGGGGGAUGAUGAGAGUAGUGAUGAUGACGAUGAGGAAGAUGGGGAUGAUGAUGAUGACGACGAUGAUGACGAUGAGGAUGAGGAUGGGAGUGAUGACGAAAGUGAUCAAGACGAGAAGAGGUCGAGGAAGAAGCAGCUCAGAUCGUGCAAGGAAGAACAAGAAGUGGAGGAGGAGGAACAAGAAGAUGAGGAUGGAGUCGAGGCCGACACAUUACGCUCGCAAGCCCAAGCCUUUAUGGGUGUCUCAAAAGAUACUGCGCGAUCUCCUGAAGAUGUUCUGAGCACACCCUUACCGGGAGAGACACUAGCGAUGUUCUACGCGAGAUCGAGGGAGUAUUGGUCCCAGAAAGCUCAUGGAAGUAGCGAGCAUCGAGGAAAGAUGCUUCGAAGGGAUGGAUUUGCUCUUGCUGAGGAACGAUAUGCUGAAUACAAGCCCGUUCUCAAAGAGGUCGAGAAGAUCCUGGCAGACGCUGGCUUAGAUGAGGAAGAAAUGCGAAGAAGCGCUGCGGCGGGUGCUGGUAGUGGAAGCGCUGCGAGUGGUCAGAGCCGCAAUCGCCGGUAGAGCGAAUACCUGACUACGCAAAAGUCAUACUAAAGGUGACUUUGCAGUGUAAUUAUCACCACAAUUUAUUCUAUGAUCUAGUCAUCGAUCUGAUAUUUCAUUCAUUUCCGAUUCACUUGAGGUCCGUCCGAGA